AAACAGCAAUGGUUGUGUCGCCGCCAUGAGUGUCUACAUUGAUGGGCUAUUUAGAAUUCAAGAAUUUUGUUACCGUUAUUUAUUUAGUUUUAUGUUGAAUAAUGUACGCAAAUAAGGAAAUAACGAUCGAUUUUAUUUUGGUAAGAAUUUGUUGCCAGUAAAGCAUCAAAUAAGUGAAAGUUUGUGGAAAUGCCCUCGGGCAUAUAUAAAGCCUGCUGCUAUGUCGUAGAAAUCGCGGGUUUCAUUGUCUUGACAACCACGUGUUUGAUAUGACAGUUUCCUCUGUAUUAAUGUACUUGUAAUGCCAAAACAUUACAUAUGCAAGUGAAAGAUAUUUUCAAAUUGAACUAGCCGGCUUGGCGAGUGAAGUGAUGCUGUUGGAAGGUUUCUGGAAGUUAAAAUGGAUUCGGAAUUUGUUGACGGCUGGACCAUAGCUCAAACUCUGGGUGAAGGAGCAUUUGGAGAGGUGAAACUACUGUUGAACCGCAGCACGGGCGAUGCAGUGGCAAUGAAAACCGUGGAUCUGGAAAAGCACCCGGAUGCAAGAACGUCCAUGCGCAAAGAAGUGGUGAUCCAUCGCAUCCUGACCAACCCACACAUCAUCCGCUACUUCGGGCAGCGUCGCGAGGGGAACAUAGAGUACAUAUUCCUGGAGUAUGCUGCGGGCGGCGAGCUGUUCGACAAGAUAGAACCGGAUGUGGGAAUGCCUCCUAGAGAAGCCCAGAAGUACUUCGCCCAACUUUUAUCUGGCGUGGAAUACUUACACAGCCGAGGCGUGGCGCACCGGGAUCUCAAACCAGAGAACCUGCUCCUGGAUGAUCACGACAACCUGAAGAUUUCGGACUUCGGUCUGGCGACCAUGUUCAGGAUGCACGGCAAAGAGCGCCUGCUGGACAAGCGCUGCGGCACUCUGCCGUACGUGUCUCCCGAGGUGCUGACGAGGCCGUACAGCGCGGAGCCGGCCGACGUGUGGUCCUGUGGGGUCAUACUGGUGGCCAUGCUGGCGGGAGAGCUGCCGUGGGACCAGCCGACGACUGACUGCCCGGAGUACGCUGCGUGGAAGGAGAACCGCUACCUGCACAUCACCCCCUGGAGCAAGCUGGAGCCCGUGGUGCUGUCCCUGGUCAGGAAGAUCCUGGUGCCCUACCCCUCCUCGCGCUACUCCAUCCUCCGCAUCAAGGCCCACGGCUGGUGUCGCAAGAGGUUCUCCGCUCAGUUCGGUGCGAGGAACUACGAGCCGGGGGCCAAGCGCGCGUGCCCGGGCGUGGGCUCCUCCCCGCCCGUCUGCCACUCGCAGCCCGAGCCCCAGGACUGCGGGCGGGACCCGGAGCCGGCGGGCGAGGGGGUGCCCUUCUCGUUCUCGCAGCCGGCCGCGCUGGACCACCUGCUGCUCAGCUCGCAGUUCAACUGCACCCAGACCUCGACGCAGCCCGGGCAGCCCGCCUACCAGAAGCUGGUGAAGCGCAUGACCAGGUUCUUCGUGCGGGUGUCGUGUGAGGAGGUGAGCAGGCAGCUGUGCCAGGUCCUGGAGAAGAACGCCUGCUCCUGGAAGGUGCACACCGUGAACAUGAUCACCGCCACGUCGCAGGACAAGCGCAAGAUGCUGCUGGUGUUCAAGGCCAUGAUCCUGGACAUGGACGGCCAGACGCUGGUGGACCUGCGCCUGUCCAAGGGCUGCGGGCUGGAGUUCAAGCGCAAGUUCCUGCGCAUCAGGGAGGGGCUGGGCGACGUGGUGCUCAAGGGCCCCGUCAUGUGGCCCAUCGCCAAGGCCACGCACUCCCUGCCCUAGGCCCCCGAUUCCGUUCAUUUCCCAAAAAAAAAAAAAAUUAUUUUUACCAAAACUGCUUAAACUUGAAGUGGGGGUUUCCCAUUAUAAUUACAAACUUUUAUCUUGUUACUGGGAACGGCUUAUUGGAAAACAUGUACGCUCUGCCUGAACUGCGUCACUUAACGCCACUUCAGUCGGGGCAUCCCUGAACCUCUGUACAGGCUGUUAACAUGAGAGAGGAUAAGACUUGGAAUGCGGUAUUAGGAAGUACGUAUUUUUUUAACUAGUGGAAUAUAAAAGAAUUCUUGCAAGAAGUACAUAAAAUUGAACAAAUGUGCUGUGUUUUUUG